CCCCGUGACGUAUGCGGAAGUGUUGCCACGUUGUCCGAGGGAGAAACUGGAAGCGUUUCAUUGAAAUCCAAGUAAAUAAAUGAUGGACCAGUUUCAUGAAGUAUCACAGCAGUCCAGCCUGCACCCUAAGCCUGCAGGCUUGAUUUUGCAGUAUGGUACUGCUGGUUUCAGGACCAGUGCUCAACAUCUGGAUCACAUUAUGUUUCGGAUGGGUCUGCUGGCAACACUCCGCUCCAAAAAGACCCAAGCUGUUAUUGGAGUCAUGGUCACUGCAUCACACAACCCUGAGGAAGACAAUGGGGUGAAGCUGAUUGACCCAAUGGGGGAGAUGGUGACACCAAUAUGGGAAGUUUACGCCACCCAACUGGCGAAUGCUGAGCAGGACGAUUUCCUCACUGCGCUGAAGGACAUUACAGAGAAGGAGGCCAUAAAUCUCAGCCAGGAAGCCAACGUUUUUGUGGGCAGAGACACUAGGAGCAGCAGUGCCAGUCUUUCACAGGCUGUGAUGGACGGGGUGUCGGCUCUUGGUGGUCACAGCAAAGACUAUGGAUUGGUGACCACCCCACAACUCCACUAUAUGGUUUGCUGCCAGAACACACAGGGUACAUAUGGAGAGCCAACAGUUGAAGGAUACUACCACAAACUCAGCCAAGCUUUCACUCAUCUCACCAAGAAUGCAUCAAAUCGUACAGAUGACCAGAAGCACCUUUUUGUGGACGGCGCUAAUGGUAUCGGAGCUCUGAAGGUGCAUGAGAUGGAGAAGCACCUGAAGAGUGAGCUGCAGAUAUCCCUCUUCAACGAUGGCACCACAGGAAAGCUGAAUUACCAGUGUGGCGCCGACUAUGUCAAAGUGCAGCAAAAACCUCCAACAGGCAUUGAGAUCACCGCGGGUGAGCGCUGUUGUUCGUUUGACGGCGAUGCCGACCGUAUCGUUUAUUACUACACUGACUCAGAAGGACACUUUCACUUGUUGGAUGGGGACAAGAUAGCGACACUCAUCACCACCUUCCUGAAAGAGCUGCUCACACAGGCUAGCCUGGACUUGAAGAUUGCCGUUGUGCAAACCGCUUAUGCUAAUGGAAGCUCAACAAACUAUCUAGAGAAGAUUAUGAAGGUAAUAGUGAGGUGCACAAAGACUGGAGUGAAGCAUCUUCACCACGCAGCGCAGGAGUUCGACAUAGGAGUCUAUUUUGAGGCCAAUGGACACGGAACUGUGUUGUUCAGUAAAGCAGCUGAAGAGUCCAUCAGGCAGCUGACUGAAGACUCCAACACAAACGAUGAAAGGAAGAGAGCAGCUCUCCUGCUGCAUCACACGAUCAACAUCAUCAACCAGACGGUUGGUGAUGCCAUUUCUGAUAUGCUGCUGAUUGAAGCUAUUUUAGCUGUAAAGAGGAUGACCAUCCAGCAGUGGGACGCAAUCUACACUGACCUGCCAAACAGACAGCUUAAAGUCAAGGUGUCAGACCGCAGAGUGAUUGACACGACUGAUGCAGAAAGACGAGCGGUGAGUCCAGCAGGUCUCCAGGAUGCCAUUGACAGCUUGGUGAAGGAGCACAAACAGGCGCGUGCCUUCGUGAGGCCCUCUGGCACCGAAGACGUGGUUCGAGUUUACGCCGAAACAGAAACUCAGGAGAGUUGCGACGCCCUCGCGCAUGCAGUUAGCCUGGCGGUGUAUCAUCUUGCUGGAGGAAUCGGGGAUGAACCCAAACCGUUACGGUAGAAAAGCACAGAAUAUGAACUGCUGUCGAUCAGUUUGUGGUUUGGGGGAAAAUAUGAUGGUUUUGUGUCCUAAAGCUUUGAUUUUUGGGGAAAUGUCAUAUAAUUUUAUACGAGUGAUGAUGGUUUUGUCUCUCGGUGAUGUGCCAUAUGAUUUUAUACAAGUAAUUACUGUUGAUACUCAUCUGUGUGUUCCUGAUUAUGUGAUAAUGGAUUUUGCACUGCCUUUGAAUAACGCUACACCUGACUUAUUGGACCCGAUUCAUACUAAAUGAUAUCAUAAAUAAGUUAAUGUGUAUAUACUGUGACUUCAUAAUGAGGUGAA